AUGGUUCGCUUGAUAACACACAACCUACUUGCAUGUCACGCGAAAGGAUGCACGACGAACAACUUCCCGCUACAAAUAAAAGAUGCUCAACUUGCGCUCCGUGAAGCAGAGUUCAACGCGGACUUUCUGCGCGGGUUCAUCCCAAGAUUGGAAUGGAGUGCGUUGGUCUCGGCGGCAAGAGAGUUGGGCGACGAGAGUUUGCCGCUAGAGCCGCCAGAGAUGCUCGAUGAUGAGUUUUUGCAGAAGCUGCAUCAUGUCUUGAUGGAGAUUCAUAUCGAGGAGGGAUCCAUGACGUGCCCGAAUUGCGGACAUGUAUAUCCCAUCUCCAGCGGCAUCCCAAAUAUGCUUCUCGCUGAGCAUGAGAUUGCAUAG